GUGAUGAUGUGAUUAUUCUUUCUGAUCUGCCUCAGUAUGUCAAGAAUACAUUUUCGAUAUUACGUUCAAUCUGUCACUUGUGAAGUCUAAUAUUCCAUUCAAAAUUGGAAUAUGUGGCAACCUUGCCAACUAACCUCACAUUCUGAGCCUCAUCUUUCUGUGCUUUGUAAACUGAAAGUUACUGAUGUUUUAAACUUGUAUUUGUGUCUCGCGAUUGUUUAGCUAAGUUUUCAAAAUGCCUUACAAGUGCUGCGUUGCUAAUUGUGUCGGUAAUUACGGGAAGGGUCCGAAGGUACACGUAUUUUCGUUUCCAUUGAACGAAAAAUGUCGUAAAAGAUGGAUCAAUGCAAUCCCUCGUAGUGAUUUAGUGGUUACAAAAUACACCCGAGUAUGUAAUUUCCACUUUGCUGAGGACAGCAUCAUUUGAGAAUCCACCUUUCAUGACGAAAAGACAGGACAUCAAGCAGAAGCCGAGAUCAGAAAUUGAGGGAUAAGGAACAAGAGCAACUACUUAAAGCACUGCACACUAGCAUUGAUGAUUAUUCCUCCUAUCAAAAAUCAACUUGUUUUCAAAAUUGUUCAGAUUUUCUCACAGUUUGCAGUUCAUGGCAAUGUCCAUAUGGGUAGCAUAAAAUUGUUCAGGAUAAAGUUACUUUGUUUAAGUGAGAAUAUAAACCAGCACCCAUCAUAACUCACUCUGUAAUUGUUGAUAAAGA